ACACCAAUGCCCAAACUGUCGGGCCCGCAGUCGACAUGUGUGGAGGCAACCGACAACGGCGUCCCUGCAAUGCAAGGCGCCUUGGCGGAGGCGGAGCUCGCCAAGGCCAGAGUCGAGCAGCGGCUCAAGCUCGAGCGUGAACGUCGGCACUCGCUCGGUUCGAUGCCACCGCCAACGUCACCACCGCCCAAAGCCGCACCGACACCGACAACGGAGAACACCCAGGUCACGAGCAACGUCAAGUGCAAGCUGUGCAACCUCGAGAUGGCCGCAUCGGCGCUGAGCAGCCACGAACAAACACAGUGCCCCGUGCGCUUGGAGGUUGGCCGGGCCAAGGACGACGGCGACUGCGCCUUGACCAAGUGCAAGCACUGCCUCAACGACGUGAAGGCCUCGGACAUGGCCGAGCACGAACUCACGUGCGAUCAAGUGAUGAAGCAAUGUCCGCACUGCCUCCGCCGUCAAAAAAUGUCGGAGCUGCAAGAACACAUCAACGUCUGCGACUGCCGGCUCGUGCAGUGUCCCAACCAAUGCGGUGGCAAGUUUCUUCAACGAGGCUUGGAAAAGCACGUCUUGACCAAGUGCCCGAAACGAUCCGUGGCGAAGCCCGAGGUGCCCAAGCCGAUCGUGGCCGAGACGCCGAUGUCGACCGUCGAUAAGCAAGAAUGCAAGUACUGCGACGAGUCGUUCCCGUCCAAGGAGCUUGACGAGCACGAACAAAGCUGCGACUGGAAACCCAAGCGAUGUCAGUAUUGCAACAUGGUCAUCAUCGCACGCGACCUUGCGCGGCACGAGACGAGCUGCAAGCAGAGCGCGCGACAGUGCGCCCACUGCCAACAAAGCUUUCCCAGCACGGCCUUUGCGACGCAUAUGCCCAAGUGCCCCAAACGUCCCAUCAAGUGCAUUCGGUGCGGCGAGCUUUUUCCCGCCGACGUCAUUGUCGUGCAUUCAACGUCGUGCAAGCCGUCCUUAACGACUGCUGCGACGGUGACGUCUCCCAAGCGCAAAUCCGAGAGCAAUCUGCAACAGCUGAUGCAGCCCGAUCCGAAUGCGGAGCUGCAACGACGCAUGUCGACGAUGCAGCUGCACGGCACGCCCGACGAGGACGGCAGCGAUCGACUCAGUCGACGGUCGUUCGCGUUGGCGCAGCUCACGGCGCAAGGCGCAUCGCAACCAGCGGCAAAGACAGCAGAGAGACACGACGACGAAGAUGAGGAAGAUGAGGAAGAAGAUGAAGUGGAAGAGGAUGGAGAGGAUGAAGAGGACGACGAGGACGUCUCGUUGGCACAAGUGGUGGCCGAAUGGAACGUUGAAAAUGUCUGUUUGUGGCUCAAGGAAGAUGUCGGAGUCCCCGAUGUCGUGGACCGAUUCGAUGCGCUGCAAAUCGACGGACAAGCCCUUUUGGACCUUACCGAAGCCGCACUGAUCUCUGAAGUCGGCAUCAAAGUCAAGGCCCACCGCGACCGCAUUCUCGCGGCCAUUGAAGCCAUCAAAACGAGCGACGACUACAGCUCGGACGAAGACGACGGCGAGAGCCACGACGAAGAGGAAGAAGACGGUGUGAGCGCUCAUGCGGAGGCCCCGUACCACGUCAGCAGCUCCAAGUCCAACAGCUUGACCCGUCGCAUGUCGCUUCAAACGGCGCCGCCAGCAAGCGCCCAAACUCAAGCCAAUCUGCUCAACCGGAUCAAUUCUGCUCUCAACUCUGGCUCGGUCUUUCGCACGUCGGCGCCGCCAUCCAAGUAG